GCCUCGUACUCUGUAACUUAACCUUACUCUAUGCGAAGUAUUCAUCACCACGCGCAAACACACUGUACAUGCCAUUCAUGACACCGGCUACCCAUAUACGAUCUAUUACUUUGUCAUUAUGGCUUCAGAAAGAUGUGAAGAUGCGAUAACAAAAGCAGAGAAUGAUGGAACCUCUCAAGCCUCUUCCAAAUCAAUCCAAAAGUCAUCCAAACCCAAUGCAUGUAUUGUAACACCAUUUGCAUUGUACCCACGCUAUGUGUAGUACUAAUAAAAAUCAUUACAGUUACCGAAUUAAUGUCAAACUCACGAUCCAAACGGCCCAACUCUUCCCCAACAUCCUCUCCUCCUCCGAAAAGGGUCGCAAAUUCAAAUCCCUUCUUCCCUGGCAGUGCAGGUCUAGGGGUCUAUAUAUCGGAUCCAUCAUCACACCCUGCCUCUCGCGUCAUCUAUCAUACCCAUUUAUUUGUAGCAAUCCAUGAUUUAUACCCCAAAUCCUCAGUUCACACCCUUCUCAUUCCACGAGAAGAGAGAUGGUAUAACAUGCACCCUAUAGCCGCAUUAUCCAACCCCGAAUUUCUCGAGAUGGUCAGACCGGAAGCAGAAAAGUUAAAAGGGAUAGUUGCAUCGGAGUUACGUCGAAGAUAUGGAUCAGAAUCUGCACAAGAUAUGGAAAGGGAAAGGAUACUCAGUGGGGAAGUCAGUUUAGAUGAUGAUGCUGAAAUGCCAGAAGGUAGAGAUUGGAAGAAAGAUGUUAUGGUUGGAAUUCAUAUGCAUCCAUCAAUGGAGCAUCUUCAUAUUCAUGUCUUAUCUGUGGAUCGUUAUUCUUCAUGUAUGAGGAAGAGGAAACAUUAUAGCUCAUUUGCUACACCAUUCUUUGUUAAUCUAUCCGAGUUUUCUCUAUCUAAGGAAAGGCAAGAAGCUUUAGGUAGAAGUGGCCAAGCUAAGGCAUGGUUACAGGGUGAUAUGAAAUGCUGGAGCUGUGGACUGAAUUUUGGGAAUAAAUUUGCUAAGCUAAAGGAGCAUUUGGAGUUGGAAUUCAUUGAAUGGAAAAAGAAAUGAAAAUCAAACAGAAUUCAUCAUCUACAUU